AUGCCCAGGGCCCCUCUCUUUCUGCUGCCUGCUGCGAGCUGCAGUGCAGUGCAUCUCGAGUCUAGCCAGAGCGGCACAAGCACGGCAGGCGAGUGGAUGGCUGCGCAGCCAAGCGUCUCUUGCUGGCCGAGACCACGGCUGCAUGUCAAUGGCGCCGGACGAGGCGAUUUGACAGACGUCUAUCGUGGCAGCUGCAGCCACAAUCCGCCGCGACUCAGGAUUCCCCGUUCUGCAGCAGGCCUCUCCGCCAAGAGAUGCCGGCCACGUUGUUCGCAGGGGGAGGGCCGAUGGGGUCUCGGGAUUGGACCGCACCCCGACAGCACAGAAAGGGGCUCCCGGCGCAGCGUCGCGAAGCCUUGGUGGAGGUGGUGGUGCGGCUUCCGCUGUGGCUUGUCAGAGGCGGGAACAUUGAAAUGCAGAGCCGAUUGUGGCGAGAUAGUGAUCACGAAGCCAGAGCAACGAGAGCGGAGGGAAUUCGAGGCCAAUGUCACCUACAAAGAGAACAUAGUUGAGGUAAAGAGGCCAAAGAUCUGCAUCUGCACCGAAAGUCCCUGUCAGCGUUACCACCGCUAA